GUCUAAGUCUGAAAAUAGUUGACAUAUGCCGUUCGUAUGCCAAAAUGAUAGUUAUGGAUUCACUCCAAGGAUAGAUAUAAAUUAAAAAGAUGGAGCAACAAGCGGAACAAGUGCUGUCUCUACGUUUGUCCCGUGUUUUAGAGGACAUCGGGGUAAACAGAAACAUGAUCGCAAUGAGGAGGAGGAUAUGGCUGAUGAGGGAGAAAAGCCAGACAAUCAAUGUACCAUUAGACGGUAGAAAUACAAAAUUCUAUCACUUUGGCAGUCAGAGUGAAGGUACUACAACACUUGGCAUGCAAUCAGACCUUGAUGGCUUGAUCAGCACUGAUUUCCCCGUCAUAUUGGACUGGGAUGAGUGGCAGCCAAGAAAGUAUCAACUCCUUGUUGUCAAGACAGAUCAGUUCCCACCCCAGCACUGCUGGCUUCAAUGGCUGAGACGAGAUCUUCCAUUACCAAUGACACAGGUCCAACGCUACAGUGAUGUGAUGGACAAUGAGGGCAGAGUGCUGCAUACAAACUCUCUGGUGGAAUUAAAUGCUGUUAUCAGACAAUUGAGCUCAUCAGGUGAAGUAGUGCAACAUGGUCCAUCUAGAAGCUUUAAUGAAAAUGAUUUUGUUCUUGCCCAUCAUUGUCGCAGUCUCCCAAACGAAUGCCAGUUCCUGUUCCACAGACCCCGGCCUGGACACUGGCCCAGACGUGACACACUGGCCAGGGUCAGACAAGUUGGAGUGUUUCUGGUGCCACAGAGAUAUUCCGAGUGUCCUUCAAGACCAACCAGAUGUCGCUCUACUGCACUCCAUGUCACCCCAAAUAACCCAUACUAUCCACAGUCAAACUAUGAAUGGAGGUUUUCUACAUCAAUGAUGGAAAGAUUACUUAUGUUUGACAUGAACUCUGUUCAAUGCAAGACCUAUGUAUUCAUUAAAAUCUUGAGAAAAACUUUCUUAAAGCCAGUGGUUGGAGACCGUCUCAGUACAUUUCACAUGAAGACUGCAAUGCUGUUCACAAUAGAGACAUAUCCACCAGAGAUAUGGAGGGAGGAAAACCUUGUACAGUGUGUUAUUUACUGCCUGACCACACUUUGCAGAUGGCUGAAGUUGAAACACUGCCCACACUACACUAUAGAUAGAGUGAAUCUUUUAACAGGGAAACUAUUCAAACAUGAACUCCCAAUAUUGUCUGCAAAGCUUCCUCCUUAA